AUGGCCCAGGACUACCAGAACCCACUGGCAUUGCCGAAGACGCUCACGCCAGACUCGCUCGACGUGCUCACGCACUUGUACACCAUCCUCACCGAAGUACGCACGACACUACAGACGUCCACGGGCCUGGACCCCAUGUCCAACGAUGGCAAGAAGACCACAUCGCCCACUGGCCUGUCGUUCAAGGACGUCGUUCGCGCCAGUGAUGGUCUCCGACACAAGCUCCAGCGCGCGCGUGAGCAGGUUGGAAAACUUCCGGACAUGCAACGCGGGACAGCCGAACAACAGACAGAGAUCAAAGAGCUGGAGGCCAGAAUAGAGAAACAGAGGGCGCUGCUGGAAAGGCUGCGCGAGGGAGGACUACAGUUCGGUCAGGAUGGAGGGGAAAAGAUGGAGAUGUGA